AACCCGCGUCCGUGCGUAUAAUAGCGAGCAUCCAUCCAUCUCCACCGCCUACCCCCGUACCCUGUUCCCCAUCUCGGCUGACGGCUCCUGCGCCUCUCCCGCACGGAACUUAAAGCAUCUCCGGCGCCGCGCUCACCGGAGGGAGAAACCCGCGCCCCGGCCCGAUCCGAUGGCCAACAGCAACCUCCCGCGACGAAUCAUCAAGGAGACGCAGAGACUUCUCAGCGAGCCAGCGCCGGGUAUCAGUGCGUCGCCCUCGGAGGAAAACAUGCGCUACUUCAACGUCAUGAUCCUUGGGCCGGCGCAGUCGCCCUACGAAGGUGGAGUUUUUAAGCUGGAACUCUUCUUGCCUGAGGAAUAUCCGAUGGCUGCACCAAAGGUUAGGUUCCUGACCAAAAUAUACCAUCCCAACAUUGACAAGCUUGGUAGGAUAUGCCUUGACAUUCUGAAGGACAAAUGGAGUCCGGCUCUUCAGAUCCGAACAGUUCUUCUAAGUAUCCAGGCACUCCUAAGUGCACCAAAUCCAGAUGACCCUCUCUCUGAUAACAUUGCGAAGCACUGGAAAUCCAAUGAGGCAGAAGCUGUUGAAACAGCAAAGGAGUGGACUCGUCUGUAUGCGAGUGGCGCAUGAACCCAACACUGCUCUUGAUGUAAUAACUCAUCAUACUUUAGCUGGUAAUGAAGUGCCAUUCGCUUGAUAAGAACAUACAGGAGAUAUUUGCAAUGAAAAGAUCUUAAUGACUACCACUAUUUGGUUGUACACCUGUGGUUGGUUCCCUUUACCCUGGGGCACCUUUGACUAAUCAGUAUCUGUGGUAGAACUUCCUGCUACUCCAGUAUAUUAAUUACUCUAUGUAGGGGAACUUAACAAGUGUGCUCUUGAAAUUGAAGCUGGUUUGUUUGGCUGUUGA